AUGAAAAUCCUAUUUACACUUUUAAUUAUUCUCUCAACAUUUAAUUGCUUAGUUAAAUCACAAAAAUUUAUUAAUUUUGUUCCAUAUCAAGAUUAUGAAUGUACAACUAAUUCAUAUGGUUUUGGAUAUUCAAUUUCAACAUCUCAAGAAUGUAUCUAUAAUUUAGGAAAUGGACCAUCUAAUAAACCAUUAUCUUACUCUGCAAGUUGGGAGACUUUUCAAAAUGAAACAUAUCUUUAUUUUAAGACUUAUAACUAUACCGAUACAGCAUGUCAAAGUCCUUUAGAACAAUAUAGUAUGCAAAAUAAUUCAUGUAGUCCAAGUGUAUUUUUACCAACACCAUUUAAUGGUACAAUUGUUGGUUCUGAAUACCAAUAUUCAUUAAUUUCUCUUACUGAUGAACCAGUUUAUUCUCCAAAUUCUCUUGUAUUCUCACAAUAUCAACAACCAGAUUUUAACGUUUGUUCCAAUGGUGAUCUUUUAUUUUCCACAACUGUUUCAAAUGGUUUGAAAACUGUAAAUGGUGAAUAUUCCACUUCCUACAUUUGUAAUAACAAUAAUGCAUAUCUCUAUAACUGUAUUGAUCGUGUCAAUUGUAAACUCUCAAAUAUUACAUUAUCUUGUAAUCAAGCUGGUAAUAUUAACAAUCAAGUAAAUUAUUGUUAA